CUCCCUUCUCCCUUCCCAUUUCCCCUUCUUCACUUAUUCUCUUGCGGCCCUUUCCCCCAACAACAAACGACAUCUACAUCUUGAAUUCUGCAUCGACAACUCCACCAUUCUACAGCUACUAUAUUGCAGUUGGUUCUUGUUCUGUAGAAACCCACCUCGCCGUAUCCCAGCCUUAUCUCUCCAGGCGCCUUCCCCCCCCAGCUAUUCACUUGGUACCGCUUCGAGUCAUUAACUUGAACCUCGUCGACGCCCCACCCCCAACGACGCCCUUAUCCGCUCUUUAAACUCACAGUCCGUGGAGGAUAUCUUGAGGAUACACUAUACCGAACGAAAUACUUCUUUGCCAGACGUUGCACGCAGAUCGUGCAGCUACACGGCGCACGCCACACGCUUCCCGACUCUAUUGGUUGAUAGCUCCCAGUAGCUGCCUUUAUAUACGAAACUCACGACCUGCUGAAGCUGGACCCAUCGCUUCACAUCGUGUGUGUACAUGCAUUAACACAAGAGCUGGAAAGCUUUGGUCAACGUGGUCGGGGAAGAGUGCUUGAGAUCCAGCUCAUUACCCAGCAAGGUACCACCACCGGCCAUCCAACAUGGCGUUUUCACAAAGCUCGAGGUCCUCCUCAUCGCGGAUGAACGACACAUUGGUGGGGGCAUACAGGAUCGACACAGAAAUAGGCAAAGGAAGUUUUGCUACGGUAUAUAGAGCUCACCGACGGACAACCCGUGCUCUUGUUGCCAUCAAAUCGGUCAAUUUGGCGAAACUUAAUCGAAAGUUAAAAGAGAACCUAAAUCAAGAAAUCGACAUCCUCCAAUCUCUUCAACAUCCUCAUAUCGUCGCCCUGUUGGGCCGCCAUCAAACCGAUACACAUAUACACCUGGUGAUGGAAUACUGCGAGCUAGGCGACUUGUCGUUAUUCAUCAGGAAGCGCUCGAAGUUCUUAACAAAUGCGGCGACUGCUGAUAUGGCGAGGAAGUAUCCAAAUCCGGAUAAAGGUGGGCUGAACGAAGUGAUCAGCGUGCACUUCCUCAAGCAACUUGCGAGCGCGCUGGAGUUUCUUAGAGACAGGAACUUCAUACAUCGCGAUGUCAAACCACAAAAUAUGUUGCUGCUUCCAUCACCGCAGUAUAUGGCGGCACAUCCUCAAAGCCCUCUACUCAUGUCACCGAGUGUUGAGUCUCUGAUCCCAGCCGCGGGAUUACUCUCACUUCCGAUGCUGAAAUUGGCCGAUUUCGGCUUCGCAAGGUCUCUACCAGCGGCAAGCUUAGCAGAGACUCUCUGUGGCUCGCCGCUUUAUAUGGCGCCUGAGAUACUGCGGUACGAAAAGUACGACGCAAAGGCCGAUUUAUGGUCUGUUGGCACGGUAAUGUACGAAAUGGUGACCGGCAGGCCUCCAUUCCGUGCCGCAAAUCAUGUCGAGCUCCUCCGCAAAAUAGAGAUGCAGUCCGAGGACCUUCCAUGGGAUUCAGGCAUCGCGAUCAGCGACGGCUUGAAAUCUGUCAUUCAGGGACUCCUCAAGAAGAACCCUGUUGAGCGUCUUAGCUUUGAUAGCUUCUUUGCUCACCCAAUAAUAGUAAAUAAUAUCCGGGGCUUGGUAGGAGGCGACAGGCCCGAAGAAAUCCGUCCAACACCAAGGUCCGAAGAACCAAAAUCUACGAGCGGUCAAUUUUCGGCCAAAUUAUCUCGUAGGGGCGUCAGCGAGAAUGAUACACGGCCCACUGGGAUAGUGUCAAGUGCUUACAGAGCAGUUCCUGCAGAGACGUUCGAUGAGGCACAACACAGACCAAGACAGCCUCAUGGUACUCCACCUAGAGCGCAAGCCGAGCGGUUCCAGGCCAACCCUGGACCGUCCACUACCUCACGGAGGCCAGUGAUACAUACAUCCAGCACUGUUCCAAAUAAAUAUCCUUCAAACGAAGAAGCUAUGGAAAGGCGACCAAGCGCUGGUCCAGUUGACAUGGUACGGGGCAGGAGCCAAGACUCCCCAUCACCUGGUUCUUCGUUAUUAAACGAGAGGAAACGAGUUCCCCCACGCAACGACAAUAUGAGGAGAGACGAGAAAGAGAGAGCUGCCCAGGACGUGAGGGACGAGCGCGAGUAUAUUGUUGUAGAGAAAAAUUACGUUGAGGUUAACUCCUUUGCUGAUGAGAUGGACGCCAAUGCUAGAGGGCAGCCGAACUCGCCGAGAGCGAACAUGAGGAGAAGAGCACAGACAGAGGGCCCGCCAUCGUCCAACCAGCCUGCAACUUCACCCCCGAUUUCUCCCAGCGGCAUGCAGAUAGCCCAAGGAAAACAAAAUCCUCACCGCAAACUGUCGUACGAUCGCUCUUACGGCAGCCCUAGCUCGGCUACUUCUGCGAUCACAAAGGCAAUAUCAAAUGCGAGUCUCAGACUCUUCGGAAUUUCUGGUUACGCGCCACAAUUGUUGAGAGGGCAGUCACCACCUCAACUAUAUGGUGCGUUUACGGGAUUUGCGACCUCUCCGGGUAUCGCCGGUAUGAUCACUGAUGGCAAACCCGGAAAAUCGAGCGACGAGGAUGUCAAAAUUGGGGAUCGAAUCGAAGCGCUGGCAACCAGAUCUGACGUUGUAUAUGGCUUUGCAGAAGUCAAAUACAAGCAGCUCAUCCCGCUUGCGCCGUCUAUGGAUCAUGGCCUGGGUGGAAACAAUGCAAGCGAAGCGGACCCGGAAGAUGAUGGCCUCACUCCUGAUGCCGUUGUUUCGUUGUCAGAGGAAGCACUGGUUUUAUACGUUAAAUCUCUGACUCUGCUGGCAAAGUCGAUGGGCAUUGCAAAUUCUUGGUGGAACAAGAAGAAGAGAGCAGAGGCCGCCAGUAGCGCAACUACCGUGAAAACUGAGACUGCUGUCGCGGCAACCCGUAUAAACAGUGCCGUUCAAUGGAUGCGGAGCCGAUUUAACGAAGUUCUUGAAAAGGCAGAGUUCUCUCGAUUGAAGCUUAUCGAUGCCCAGAAACAACUCCCCGAGGAUCAUCCUGGUCAUCCAAGUAACCACACCGAUGAAUCGAGAAUGGAUGGAGGAGAUAGCUCAACAGCCGAUGGCGUUUUUCUCAGCGCUGGCACAACAGCUGAGAGGCUGAUGUAUGAUAGAGCUAUUGAGAUGAGUCGAUCGGCCGCUAUCAACGAGAUUGCAAACGAGGACCUGGUCGGCUGCGAACUCUCAUAUGUAACUGCGAUUCGUAUGCUGGAAGCAAUCCUCGAAAAGGAUGACGACGAGCCCCAGAAGAAGGUGGGGACCACGCAAGUUACAGAGAAAGACCCAGAUGAUCCCGUGAACGGCAUCAAUGUCGAUGAUCGGGACGCGGUCAAGAAACUCGUCUCCAUGGUCCGAGGCCGCCUCCUCACGCUCCACAGAAAGCUCGCCGUUAUUGCCAAACAUAAGUCUCAACCUCAACAGCAACGCUCUCGUCCCUCCAGUAACCAUAGCGGACGCACAACACCUACUAUCACUAACACUCCCCCAAAACAAUGAGCUUGGUCUCAUGACGCCCGCACAAAUAUAUUUUCAGCUUACCGGAUAAGCUUAACUGCGUUACAAAAUUGGGAUUCCCGGCUCGCCCAUCUCAUGGGCGAGAUUGGGUAGAGUACACCAUACCAUGGCAUAUUUGUGUCGUCGAAGCUUUUGUUUCCUGUACCUCAUUUUUAUCUAUUUUUCCACUUUUCGGCCGCCCACGCGGCCAGUGUUGGUUUUGUCGUUUCUUUUUCUUGUGCAUUUUUUUUUGUUUUCGCACGAAUGAACCGUUUGAUAAAACCUACUGGGAAGCAUGAUUACGGCGUUGGCGAAUUAACCCUCGGGGAUGGGAAUGGCGUCUCGCAUGCACCCUGGGAAUUGUCUCGGCGGGAGGGCGCUCGGGACAAUUGUGAAUACCCUUUUUUGCUCUGUUGACGUUUUUCUCUCUGGUUUUUUUAUUUUUAGGGAACGGAGAAGAGGUGGAUGGGAUUGAGGGUUGCGGGUUAUAUUUUGCAUUUCCCCGCGCCGUACCAAACUUGGCUGGAAGGCAGCCGAGACGAAUGGGAUGAUGGGCGUUUUUUUCUGGAGUAGGAGAGGUGGGAUCUGAGAAAUCGACUAUAGAUUGAUUGGAGAUGGGGUUAUUUAUGGUCAAUGGGAUCAUCGGAAUCAGAAGACCAGCAUUGCAUAUGUUAUUCGCGCCCCAGGUGUUGUGAUAUGCGUCUGAAAUGUAUCCCCGAAUAAUAUGGAAUCAUUUAUGUGGCACUCGGGCUACUAUCAAUAUUAUGGGAUUUCUCAGCAUAAUAGAUAAAUAGUUAUGAUUCAUUGC